UUUUUUAUUUAUUUAUUUAUUUUUCAACCAAAUUAGGUUUCUUCCAUACCAGAUGACACACAACUGAUUGUACCCUACAGCAAAAUAAAGUGUGAGACGGGUAAUAGAGACGAAGAGGGAUACAAGUGGAGUUCCCCUUUAAGGUGGGAGUGCUGUGUGGGACACACUAACAAGGACAGCAGAUGUGUGAGGAUAGCUCAGUUGGGUUUGCUGCCCAUAACUGUCUAUAUAUAACCGACCACAUGACACGAGUCCUCUGCGACACAGCACGGGGGCCUUCACAGACCACCACAAGACGGGGUCACCCUCCCAGCUAAUCCCAGCACUAAUGACUGGAGGAUAAUUCUUUGACCCUCAACCAUCAGAGCGCUGGGCCCAGACUGACCCCCUUCAUAAUGGGAAAGGCAAUAAAGCCUCGUCCUGGUGAGCACAGGCACUGCCAGAACUGCUUCAGCAAAAGAUGUCAAGUUCCUAUCAACACUGGCAUCUCUUGCAUAAUGAUAAGCUGCCGCUUACACUGUGGCGCCACUUUCCAUAUGUGCAAGGAGGAGGAACAUCUGCUGUUAUGCCCCAACGAAUGGGUGCCAUGCCUCAAUUCAGUUUUUGGAUGCCCAUUCUACAUGAAUAGGUGUAAGCAGGCCAGGCACCUCAAGAUCUGCCCAGCUAGUGUGGUCUGCUGUUCCAUGGACUGGAACCGUUGGCCCAAUCUGGAUCAGGAUACAACGCUUUACGAGAAUCUUCUGAAGGAGGAAGAAAGUGAGGAAUGCCUGGACUUGGCCAUAUCUCUACGGGAUCAAAAGAUUCUCUUUAGAUCGCUUAAAAUGGCUGAACUUUUCCCAGAACUCUCUGAAGACCCUCAAAACACAAUAAACUUGGAAAGACCAGAGGAAGACCAGGAGGCCGGUGCUGUAGGAGGAUCUGAUCCCUCAUCUAAUGAAGCAAACCAUAGCAGUGUGGAACCCGAUGGCCUGACUCAGUUUCAGCGAGAAGCUUUGGCUCGGGGUCAACUCGACCAAGAUUUUGAUAAGUUUUCCAAGUGGGAGACUAUGUUUAGCAAAGAGAAGAAAGCAGCCGAAUAUCUAGAGAAAGUAGGAGAUCAAAGCACCAGUACAUCAGCUGGAGCCAGCCAUGCACCAGGUGGUAAUCCCAAUGCAAACGAAGGGAAAAAUCCAAGUAAUGAGGAGGAAAACGAUGAGGAAUGCAAGAAAAGAUAUAGGGAACUAUCGGAAAAGUCUGGCUUUGCUCCAUGGCAAGAGGGGGUCUUGGACAGACUGAAAACAGAAAUGGAUUGCGGCAGCUACAACAUGUACAUCGUGCAUCAUGGCCGCAUGCUAAUCCGAUUUGGACAGAUGGAUGCAUGCACUCCCAGAGAGAAGGACUUUGUGUAUGGAAACCUGGAAGCCCAGACGGUACAGACUGUGUGCACCUUUAAAGUACCAACAAGCUACUGUGGCCGUAGAGCCAAACUCGGGGAAGAAAAUUACAGGAAGGAGAGAGCUGAGAAAUUGGUGGACACAUCUGACCUAGGCCUCCCUCAAGAAGACUUGUCGCAAUCUAAGACUAUUGACACGAUCUUGAUGUGUGCCCUUGAAAGGGAGCUUAAAGGUCACGAGGUAUCACAGAUGAAGGCCCUAGAUGGGCUGCUCAUUGAUUUUGGAACUCAAACUUAUAAUUUUGGUCAAGAAGACCUUUUCACUAAAAAAACUGUUUUAUUGGAUAUUAUGACAGAGAAGGAAAUGAGACGUUCGGGUCUUAAACUGGAUAUCCUGAGUGAGAGUGUAUGUAGCAGACAUAACAAGAGUAAUUCAUCCUUUACCUUCUCGUGCCAACUCUUCUUUCGUAGAGAUGAGUUCUCCUCACAUUUCAAAAAUGCCCAUUGUGACAUCCAGUCGAGCCUUAAUGGCUGGUUCCAGCAACGUUGCCCACUUUCCUACUUGGGCUGCACCUUCAUGCAAAAUCGGUUUCGUCCUGCGGGGGUGAAGUCACGGGUCAUCUACAGCAAACAACUCAAGACGUUUGCAGUGAAGCCACUGAUGGACUGUAGUUUGUAUGAGGGAGUAAGACCCAACCUUUCAAGGAGCAAUCGAGGAAAGAGCAAAGACUCCCUCUCCAACCUUCCACUUGAGGUCCUACAACACAUCGCUGGGUUCUUGGACAGCUUCAGUCUCUGCCAGCUGUCUCAAGCCUCUUCCCUUAUGAGAGAUGUCUGUGCCUCGUUAUUGCAAGAGAGGGGGAUGGUCCAUCUUCUCUGGGAGAAGAAGACUUACUCUCACGGCGGAAGUUCAUGGAGGUGUCGAAAAAAGGUCUGGAACUUCAGCAGCCUCUUCUCUCCGGUCCAUCGGUGGAUCUUCGAUGAUAUCUCUUCCAUGUCUGAACACCUCAAGGCCUGUCCUUUCAAUUCCCCGGAGAGAAGGAAAGAGCCAUUCCAGCUGCCCAGCUUGUACGCCUCUCAGAAGGAGGAGGAGAAGAAGAACAGCCUUCUAAACCUUCGAACAAAGCUGUAGACGGGGGCUUCGUAUGAAAACCAUCACCGAGCUUCUGGAUAAAGAUUGUUUUUAGAGUUCAAAGCAAAUUAACCACCACACAUUUUUCUCCAGAGCUGACACUCAUUAGGGUUUGAUAAGCCCAGCAAUGUGAGGACAUUUAUAUAAUUUGUGGAAAGGCUAGUCGUAGUACACUUUGUAACCAAUAUAGGUUCUGGAGAACUUGCAUGUUCCAGGUUGCCCCAGCUUGGCAUUACUCCAAAGGCCAUAAUGAAGGUAUAUAGAGCGUGCAGGGCCCUCUUUAAUGCAGGGCAAAAGGGGCGGCUGCCCUGGGCCCUGUCAUUGUUGUGGGGACUAAAAGCAGCUGCCUCAUAAUUGCCAACU